AUGCCGCCACGGAGUGAGAAGCCCGCCAGCUCCGGUCAAACAUGGACGCUACGACCUGCAAAGAGCCCGGACAAUGUGUAUACCUUUGGAAAUCUAGUCGCCGUGUCAACCCAGGACUUCCCUCCCUCUCGCGAUGGACACGACCUUCUACUUCUCAUCAACGACCUUUACGUUCUCUCUGCGCGUCCUCUGGAUGGGUUCCCACCCGGUCAUAUCAGCAUGUCGGAUCCUCAGCGAACUUGGGCUGGUAUCGCCUUCACGGACUCAGUGCAAGUGCAGAUCUAUGAUCCUUUCGGCCAGGGUGGUCAGGCAUACGUCGGAUCAACCGAUAUUGAAGUAGGAUUCGCUGGCAAGAAGAGGGUCGAGACUCCAUAUGACCAGGACGAGCUGGCCAGCGUCGUGAUUAAGAAUUUUGAAAACCAAAUAUUCGCACCCGGUCAAAAGAUCCUGAUGGAUCACCGAAGCAUCCCUCUUUUGUUGACAAUCAAGACCGUUCAACGCGUUGAUUUGUCCUCCGGCACCCCUGACCCCAAUGGUGGACAUGUCGAGACCAGCCCUAUUGCCAGAGGUAUUCUUACAAGACACUCUCAGAUCACCUUCUUCAAGGACGCUCGUACCGGUAUCAAUUUGAAGGCUUCGAAUCGUCGGCCCGCCGCAAACUCUAUCAUUCAACCUGAUUUCAAAUUCGAGAAUAUGGGCAUCGGUGGCCUCGACUCAGAAUUCAGCACUAUCUUCCGUCGUGCCUUCGCGUCUCGAAUCUUUCCCCCAGGGCUUGUUGAGAAAUUGGGUCUUCAGCAUGUAAAGGGUAUUCUGCUCUAUGGUCCUCCUGGAACAGGUAAAACUUUGAUUGCUCGGCAAAUUGGAAAGAUGUUGAACGCUAGAGAACCCAAGGUCAUCAAUGGACCAGAAGUGCUCAACAAGUACGUCGGUCAGUCUGAAGAAAAUAUCCGAAAACUCUUUGCGGAUGCAGAGAAGGAGUAUAAGGAGAAGGGUGAGGAGAGUGGCCUUCAUAUCAUCAUCUUUGAUGAGCUUGAUGCUGUCUGUAAGCAGCGUGGUAGUGGAGCAGGUGGCGGUACCGGAGUCGGAGAUAGCGUGGUCAACCAGCUGCUCUCGAAGCUUGAUGGUGUCGACCAGCUCAACAACAUCCUACUCAUCGGUAUGACUAACCGAAAGGAUAUGAUUGAUGAAGCACUCCUGCGUCCUGGUCGUCUUGAAGUUCACAUGGAAAUCUCCCUUCCCGAUGAGAAAGGCCGAGCUCAGAUCCUCAAGAUCCAUACCCAGAAGAUGCGCGACAACAGUGUGAUGGACGAUGAUGUCGACCUGCCUGAACUGGCUCAGCUGACCAAGAACUUUUCUGGUGCUGAAAUCGCUGGUCUUGUCAAGUCCGCAUCUUCAUUCGCGUUCUCUCGGCAUAUCAAAGUUGGCACGAUGGCUAACGUUAGUGAUGAUGUUGUAAACAUGAAGGUCAACCGUGCUGAUUUCCACCACGCACUUGAUGAAGUCAAACCGGCUUUUGGUGUCUCCGAGGAAGAGCUGUCAAGUCGCAUUCAGUACGGCAUUAUUCACUUCUCCCCAGGCAUUAAUGAGAUUCUUAAGGAAGGAGAGCUUUUCGUGAAACAAGUCAGCAAUGCCGAAUCCUCGCCUCUGUUCUCUGUCUUGUUGCAUGGCCCGACCGCAAGUGGAAAGACUGCUCUUGCUGCUCGGAUCGCCAUCGACUCCGGCUUUCCUUUCAUCAAGUUGAUCAGUCCCGAGGACAUGGUCGGGUAUAGUGAAAUGGCCAAGAUUCAACACAUCACCAAGAUCUUCGAUGAUGCCUAUAAAAGUCGUACGAGUGUUGUCGUUGUUGACAACAUCGAGCGCCUUAUUGAAUGGGUGCCUAUUGGCCCUCGAUUCAGCAACGCCAUCUUGCAAACGUUGAUGGUGUGCUUGAGAAAGCAACCUAGCAAGGGCCGACGCCUCCUGGUUCUGGCAACUACCACGGAGAGAGCUGUGUUGAAGCAGUUGGAUGUGUACAACUCCUUCAAUGCGGAUAUCAUGGUUCCGAAUGUCAUGACAUUCGAGGAUUUGAGAUAUAUCCUUGAGAAAUCCGAAGCUUUCGAUGCGCAGGAGAUUGAGCAAGCACUAGAGGGUCUCGAUGACAUCUCUGAACGCAAGACCAUCGGCGUUGGUGUCAAGAAGGUGCUUUUGGGAAUUGAAACAGCUAAGCAGGACGUCGAUAAGGUAGGACGUUUUGUGCGUGUCAUCAACCGUGCAAUUCAGGAGGAACACACUUUUACAUAG